CACACACACACCAGAUGUGUGUUUUGGGAGAGGCAAAUGCAGAGGUUGUAAUACAGUAAGUGACCAUUGAAGGAAUGUUUUUUUUUCUUUGUCGAAUUUCAGUGCUUUCACAAAGUUUCAUUUUUUGUUGUUGUUGCUUUUGCUGUCCAAGUGCAGCUGUUAACUAAUUGUUAAAAACUUUAAAUGUGUAGGUUCAUGAGCAGAGCAAGAGAUGGAGCUGGGUGGAUUAUGAAGGCAGGAGUUUCCUGCAUAGUUCGGUUGUCAUGAAAGAUACAGCUCAUUCUUGUUGCAAGAGUGGGUGAUGUAGGAGCAGUUCACGAGAGUCUGAAGCUGUAAUCUGAAGUGUAGCGCUGCAGAGCUCCUCACGGUGGACAAUCAAUUACAAUGCAUAAAACGCCUCAACUGUACGCGCAAUCCCGAGGAAGAGUCUCCACCGACAGACUUCAACGCUUGGGAGAGAACACGCACUUUUAAAGGGAGUUUAUCCAGGAGAGAAGAUGCCCUUUUGCAAGAGGACCAUCGUCCCUAAAGACGUGUGCAAGAGCAGCUCGAAGAGUCGCGGCGCGGUGUUCACGGAUCUGGUGGAUGUGUGCGGCUUGACUCUUUGCGCGCUGCUCCGGCAGCUGUCGGAUUUGUCCCGUGAGUCGGUGAGCAUCCUGGAGGAGCUGGAGGGAGAGCUCGCCUCUAUCUGUUACCGCUCCGGAGCGCUGGAGAAUAAACUUACCAGUCUCCAAAAACACAUCUCAGCACUAGCUAGCAAGCCGCCGGUCAAACCCACCACCAACUUGGACUCAGAGAGCAAACGAACGGCCCACUUCCAAUCGUCAUGGCAACAGCAUGUAAAUGUGUUCGGCUCGUGGAGUAGGCCGGAGUGUGUGCAGGAGCUGCACCAGGAGGCUCAACUGAACCUACAGAGUCUGCUGCAAGAUUUUGAGGAGCAACUGUAUGAUAGCAGAGUAAAAGGACAGACAUUCAGACACCCUUCUUCUCAGAGCUCUGAGGACACAUCAACCACUCUCAGCCGAUCUCCUUCCUCGCUCAAUAACAAGAAGACGGAGUUUGUCUUUGUGCCUGCAAGUAAGCAGGUGUGUGAGGAUGAGACCACAACAUUAGGGGUCCGGGCGCAGAACCCGACCCCAUGUGGUUCAAAGAGGUCCCUUCUAGGCUGGAAUGCUUCACAAAAUCCCCCUGUGUCAGAGAAACCUCGCUGGCACCUUGGCCGAUACACUCCUGCUCACCUUGUUCCAAUUGACAUUACAGGCCAGAGCUUUGAUAAGCACUCCGCACAGCACAGUGAACUCCGGGCCUCCUUUAGAACUGAUUCAGCGGUCAACCCAAAAACCGUUCGCCGCCCGAGGAGUGUGGUUGCAGGCCCUGAUGUCACGCUGCACUGCCAAGGUGAUGGAAAAAUUCUUGCUGUAGAUCUAAUACAAGGUGCCUGUUCCCCUGGAACUUCUCAACCCAGAUCUUUGGAGUCCACCACCGAGAACACAGGCCAACAGCAUAUUCCCCUAAGGAAGACCCAAAGUGACCUGGAGUACAAUGUACCCCCAUCCCCGAAAACCCCAUCAGGCAUGAUGGAUCAUGCCACUUUGAUGUGCCCCAGCCCCUCCUGGAAUGGUCCAAAAGGUUCCACUUUCUCCCCUUCCUGGAAUGACUCCUACAACUAUGCCUUGGUUACAAGCCCUGCUUCUAAGCAGUCUAUAUCUAAAACUGAAAUGUUAACAUCUGGAGGUGAAGGAGGUGGUUUAAUAUGUCCAUCCCAGACCAGUUCAGGCCUCUCCAUGAGCUCAGGGUCACACUCUAGUUCUUUCACCUCCAUCUCGGAAACAUGUGGACACCGGUUAUACACAGUGACGCAUGGGAGCGAGGUUGCAAUUGGGAGACGGAAUGACACAGAGGGGGAAACUUUGAUUUCAGACACAGGCAAUAGCCACAGAAAAAGUGAGCAGGAAAAAAUAUCAGCCCGAUCCAAUGUCUUUAAGUUUCGUGAACGUUCCCUUUCAACACCAACAGACUCUGGAUCUUUCUGCUCAGCAGAUAAUGUAUGUUCUCCAAGCGAGACUGUACCUGUCGUUCCAGAGGGUGAGAGUUAUUCCCUGCUAUAUCCCAGCAACAGCUCGGAGGAUAGCAUCAGUGCAGAUAAUGUUUCUGUGACCACAGGUUCAGACUUUGUUCCGGAUGGUCGACUGAGGACACGUUCACGCAGUAUUUCACUGAAGAAGCCUAAGAAAAAGCCACCACCUCCAGUACGUAGUGUAUCCCUGAUGAAAAACCUGUCAGAGGCUGGAGGGAUAGGCUCUUACCACAGUGAAGGGCAUUUUAGAGAUGGGAGACCCAAGAGUCUCUUUAUCCCUCGAGAUCACCAUAUUCAGGAUUCAUUCCAGCCAGACUUCUUAUUUGCAAAGCCUGAGGAGGACAUAGACCAGGCCCAUAGUAGUUUGGAGACAUCUUCUGAUAUUUCUCAACAUCCUGACAGAGAAACAGAGCUUGGUUUUCCUCCUCACUGGCCACUCAAUGAGUGGAAGUCCAACAAUGAUCCCUACCACUCACUGUCAGGUUCAAGCACAGCUACAGGUACUACAGUGAUGGAGUGCAUCAAGGUGCAGGGGAGCUCAGAGUCCCUGAAUUCACCUUCAACCUCACGUGCCACCUCUCCUUCCCAGCUCUCUAUUGAGGCUGAAACCAAGGUAUCCCCCUUCAAGCCCCCAUGCCUCAUGUCCCCAUCCAGUGGCUACUCAAGCCAGUCUGAAACUCCAACCCCAACUUUAUCAAACACCCUCCUCACUGGACCUUCUCCGGUUGGCUGCAAGAUGCGCCCAAAGAUUCCAGAGAGGAAAUCUUCCCUUCCAGCAACCUCUGCAAAGAAUAAAUCAUCUCGCUCACGUCUUUCUUUUGAACUACCUGCAAACACUCAACUGGACCUGUCCUCAAUCAAACCAAAGCCUAAAGCCAGCCGACGCCACUCAGACACAUCUACAGCCAACAAACCAGGCAAGUUGAGCCCCAGUCAGUGUUCUUUGCCUAUGGUUACCACAACAGACUUGCGAAAUAUUCGCCUUAGGUCAGUAAGCCGCUCAGAACUUGAAGACAGUCCUGAUGGUUCUUCUGAUGUCAUAGAGGAAGAGCAGAGUCGAGAUCUCAGCCCACCUAUCACCCCCUCUAACACAACACUGUCUAAGCCACCAGUUGCAGUGAAGCCACCUCUACCUAAGCGACCCAUGAAUUUGAUGCUUAAAUCUCCUUCAUCAUCCCCUCUGGCACCUGAAUCUCCUCCAUCUUCCCCGGUGCACCGGCCCAUGCCUAUGGGUAACAUUUAUAUGGUUGUAAGAAAGCCCAAACCUAAGAGAUCAACUCAGUCACUACUCAACACAUCUGCAAUAACCGCACAAGAGCAAUUCCACAGCCAUGUGCCGCCUUUUCCUGAGUUUGACCUGGAGCAUGGGAUUCCCAUUGAAGAAGAUCUUCCAUCCCCAAGUAGCCCAGAGACAGAGGACAAAAGUAAGACCCUUCCAAGUAGAAUGACAUUAUCCUGUUUAGUAGAAUUAGACAAAAAGAAGCCCAAGGUACCACCGCCAGUGCCCAAAAAACCCAAUGUCCUUCUUCUGCCCUCUCCAAGCAUCCAGACUAAUGGCAACGCAGAGAGGCAAACUCUACUUUCCGACAGUGUUUCCCAGUCACCUAUAGUUCCACCUGAGACUGAGGGAGAUUUGUAUAAUGAUGAACAAGACUACACCGCAGAGCAACAAUUUGAUGGAAACUAUGAAAAUCUUGAAAGUUAUGAGAUCCCUGGAAAUCAGGAGAACAAUGUGGUAAUUGAAGAGGAUGAUUCUAAAGGUGUAGGUUCUCAUCAAAUUAUGGAAGUGAAGACACCUCUAGCAGAUUCAUUAACAGAAACCAAAGUAUGGGAAGAGAACAAUUCAUUUGCAGUUGACAAGACUGAACUGCACAUUACUGAGGAAACAGACGAUGAUGUAUUUGUUCACACUCCCACAAGUCACACCACUGAGGACCUCUUCACCAUCAUACACAGGUCAAAAAGGAAAGUUCUUGGUCGCAAGGAACCAGCUGAUUCUUUUGGAAGCAGGCAGUGUCUGGUUUCACCCGUGAAAAGCAUUAGCACAGACUUCCGAACUCUGGGCCAUGGGAGCACACCUAGGUCAAGCUCACGGAAUGAGAAUUUCAUGGCUCUUCUUCAGAAGAGGAGCAGCAAGGCCAGCAGUGGGACACGAGUCUCUGCCAUGGAGUUGCUGAAGAGCACAAACCCCCUGGCAAGACGAGUCACUGAGUUCUCCCAGUCACCAUCAGAUGUGACUGCAACAAACAUAUCCAAACCAACUCCACAAGACCAGUGAUUCCACUAGCAGAGAACAAAAUGCUGGAUAUCAAUAUGGCUGGUUUUCUGUUAUGCUCCACUGCCCAUCUCAAUGGUUUAAUUUACAAAGACCUCAUGCUGUUGGUAAUGAAAUGAGUUUGAGUUGUUGCUUUCAAACAAGGGGAUCAUAUUGAUGAUGUAAGAUGUGGAGCAUAGUCUCUUUGAAAGGAAACUGAGCCCACCACUGAUAUAAAAUUCCAAAAUAGAUGGACAGAUGUUCUAUUCUGGAAAUUUUACUGCGAUGAUGAAACACUUCAAUGGAAGCUGACAUCAAGAAAUAUUUUGAGACAGUUCACAACAUUUAGCAGACCGGCCUAUAUAUGUGACCAAAACCAGUGCAGCCCAUUUUGCAGUGGUUAACUAGAAAGUGUCUUAGUAGGUUGUGUUUUAAAAGACUGCACAAACUCACAGAAAUAGGAGAGUAUGACAUGAGUCAGAAACAUACCACAGAGGUUGCAAGCAAGGUCUGGUACCCCUUAAAAUGAGGCACUUUCACCAGUACAGGAAGUAGUUUACAAGAAAAAAAAAAAAAAGAAAAGCUGUUUCUUUUUAUGAUUUUAUUUUAAAGAUAUAAAAAGGCUAUAUAAAUGUCUUCUGUACAAAGCUAUAUAUAUAUAUAUAUAUAUAUAUAUAUAUAUAUAUAUAUAUAUAUAUAUAUAUAUACACACACAAUAUAAACAAAAAUGUAACUUCAGAACUGCUUGACACAAAGCUGUCCAUAUCUGUUACUAUUCUAUGGAAACAGCCUAUUAUUCUAUAAACUCACAGCAUGCAAGGGAUUAGUGGUCAAAUGAACCAUCCUCAUGCAAUAAAAAUUAAGAAUAUCUAUAGAUCUUCCCACACUGCCAGAAGUGUAAACAAGCAGGACAUAGCUAUUCUUGUGCAAAACAACAAACCAAAAUAAUUUCACAAAUAAAUGAAUUGUAAAAUAAUUGAAAAUAAAUUUUUGGAAAUAUGAAAUGAGAGAAUAGCAAGGAAAUGACAUUGGGCUACAGGGGGACAGUAAAUGUUACUAUAGAUCCAUUGGUUUGGCCUUGGCUGUCCAUUGUGUAAAAUCUCUCAGGGGUUUCUUCGCAACUCAGGAAACCCAUAAUGGCUACUGGUCCCAGUGUAGAAUCUCUUCAUAGAGAUUUCACUCUACAACACACAAAGUAUCAGGUAAAAGAUUUGAUCCUUUGGACGGUAAAAGGAGACUGGAUUCAGAUAUCUCUCUUUCGUGACCACAUUUUAGGUAUGAAGACUAGGUAUAAUGACCACAAUCCCAAAUCAUCUCAUGAAGUUGGAACAUGGUGACAUUCUAAUCCAUGACUAAGUGCAAAGCUUCUCACUUUACGUCUAUUUCAGACUAUGCAUCAAAGCUGCAUCUGACCUGCUCUUCUGUCGGCAUUGGCAGUGAAUGUCUGGAAAUGUUAGGCAAGGCAAAACUCAGUGUUGUAUUUAGAUUUUUGACCAAAAAAAGAAUAUAGGAUUUUUUUUUAUUAAUGGUUGACCUCCAUGUCACUGCAAAAUGGGAUUGUAGAUCAACAUUUGAAUAAACAAAGACCUUCAGACUUUGAGCAAAUGCUCAAGGACGCAAGUAGGUCAUCUGUGGUAAAUUGAUCACUCAUCCAUCAUUAUGGGAUUUUUGGAGACUACUGCAGACAGAGGAUCUACUAAAGGCAGCUGCAUUCAAAGACUGCUUUCUCUUACCAUUCCAUAAGAAGCACCCAUUUUUCAUGUGACUGUGUUCUUCUGGCUCUCAAUCAGACAAUGGACUGAAACCUGGUGCUAUUGAGCCAGAGUGCCCUCAGCAGUCCAAGAGUGGUAACUAACUUGUGAACACAUGGAUCGUUUAGAUGGAGUCUUGAUAUUCAUUCAUCUUCUCAGACUUGUCGUUCAGGUAUUCCGACAAUAUGAAAAGCAUAACAUGAAGAAAAAGAAAAAAAAAAAGAGACACAGAAUACCACCACAUUAAAAUAGUGUACCACCACUUGUUUUAAAUAUUUAGUGAAUGAAAAAAAAUCUGACAACCAGUGUUUAUUUGCCUUGUACUCUGGCGUGAAGCCUCUGUGUUUUUAAAUGCCUUGGUAUUGCACUUCCGUAGAAGUAUUCAAAGUUUCUUUUACUCUUUAUUGAUUUAAUACUAUAAUAUUUAUCACUACUCUUGUGUACUCUGUGCUUAUCCUUAUCAGUGUCAACAUUAAUCUCACAGGUACAAGAAGAAGAGAGAGGGAGGGACAGAGGAAGGAGAUGGGUAUAACUUAGGCAAAACAAAAUAGAGAACACAAGAAAUGUACCUUAGUGGACUGUUAGAAGCCUUGUGCAUCAAUAAUAUACAUCCCAGAGUGUUGUGUCCACCUUCGACACAGUCUUUAUGCUACUUGUAAUGCAGCAUCCAUUAGAGAGAUUUACUUUAUUAUAAUCACUUUAGUAGCAUUUGACCCAGUGACAUGACCAAUAAAGGUAUUCACCAAGUGUAGACAGAUCAUUUAGAGAAUUCCACUCUAGAGUGUUUGGCUGCAGUUCUUGCACCUCACUCUCGCAAGUCAUUUUCUGCUGAAGUUUCCACUUUCAUCCCCCAUACAGCCAAUAGAGAUCCAUUCUGAGUCAAUUUUCAGGUACACAGAGGAGAAACAAAUCUGCUGCACAAAAAUGUAUGUGCCAAAUGAGAGAGAGAAAAAAUGGACUACAGCAAGAGGCUUACCUGUCUCUCAGCCCAAAACAAGUUUGUUACUAACCAUCUGGUUGCUGUGAAGCGAAACCAGCGACUUUUAAUCAAUUCCUUACAUUGCAAGUGAAAUUUCUCACAUUACACACAGGAGUACAGAUUUGUCAUAGUUUCACAUACAGGUAAAAAUAAGACUGAGUAAAAGAUUCCAGUGUUGAUCAGCACAAAGGCUCUCUCAGUAGUGUCUUAUAGAUUGCCAGAAUGGGAAAAGCUUAAAAAAAAAUAAAUCGGAUUUCUCUUAUUCAUUGGGAAUAGAAGACAGACAGGGUGGAAAGGCAAGAUAAAACUGAGAAUUAUAUUUUUGUUAUUUUUUCCUUGGAAAGACAUUUUAAAAUUAGCAUAUUAUUGACCUCACCCUCCAGCAGAAAUGAUGAGGUUGAUUUGAGAUCUCUAAUCAGCUUGCAGUAUGUCUUGCCUAUGUGGUUAAAGGUAUAUCAUUAAAAUAAAUUAUUUUUCUUGCAUAA